AUGCUUACCUCUUCUUCUUUUUUCGAACUAGCAGGUUUCAUCUGCUAUACAGAACUUGGGUAGCUCUGUUUGUCACAAGGGAUCGGGUUUAAAGGGCAAUAAAAAUACCCUGCUUAUUAGGUUCGUAAAAAAAAUAUAUCAGAAGUCUCCAGUCAUCGGGAUGAAUCUUUCGAAGGUCGGGAAGUGUGAAGCUGUUUUCAGCUUCUGGUUCUGUUGCUGGUUGCUUCUGGUUACCUCACAGGAUUCCGCCACUCACCCUACCGAAGUUGACGCAUUGAAAUCCAUCAAGAGAAGUUUGAUUGAUCCUAAUGGAAAUCUGAGCAACUGGGAUCGCGGAGAUCCAUGUACAUCUAGCUGGAGCGGGGUUCAUUGCUUCAACAGUACACAGGCUGAUGGCUAUUUACAUGUUAGAGAACUGCGACUGCUGAAUCUGAACUUGUCUGGAACAUUGGCACCAGAGAUUGGAAACUUGUCUUAUCUGCAAAUCUUGGACUUUAUGUGGAACAACAUAAGUGGGAGUAUACCAAAGGAAAUUGGCAAUAUCAAAAGUUUGGUACUCUUGCUUCUGAAUGGAAACAAAUUAGUAGGUCAGCUGCCCGCAGAGCUUGGUUAUCUUCCAAAUCUUAAUAGAUUUCAAAUUGAUCAGAACAAUAUAACAGGACCUAUUCCUCCAUCGUUUGCAAACCUAACCACGACAAGGCACUUUCACAUGAACAAUAACUCACUUACUGGACAAAUACCUCCGGAGUUUUCCCGCUUGACAAGCCUUGCUCACCUCCUUCUAGACCAUAACAAAUUAUCAGGAUAUCUUCCACUUGAGCUCUCCCAGAUGCCAAGCAUACGCAUAAUUCAACUUGAUAACAAUGACUUUGGUGGAACUACAAUUCCAGAUUCAUAUGGCAACAUUUCAACAUUGUUGAAGUUGAGCCUUAGGAACUGCAACUUGCAAGGACCAAUCCCUGAUUUAAGCAGCAUACGAAACCUUCUUUAUCUUGACCUCAGUUCCAAUCAAUUGAAUGGUUCGAUUCCUUCUAAUAAACUUUCUGAAAGAGUCACAACCAUUGAUUUGUCAAACAACAAGCUAACUGGAACUAUUCCAUCCUACUUCUCUGAUCUCCCAAGUCUUCAACUACUGGAUUUUCGAAAUAAUGAUCUUACAAGCAUAUCAAGCACUAUUGAUCUUCGUCCUAACAUCACAGUCAGGCUCGAGGGGAAUCCUCUUUGUUCCAAUAACACUCUAGUUCAGCUCUGUGGAUCUGCAAGUGCCAAUGAAACAAACAACUUGAGUCCAACGGACUCCAGUGCUAACUGUCCCCCUCAAGCAUGCCCUCCUCCUUAUGAAUAUUCCAAAACAUCUUCUGUGAAGUGUUUCUGUGCAGCGCCUUUGCUCAUUGGUUAUCGACUGAAAAGUCCUGGAUUUUACGAUUUUAAUCCAUACCAGGCAGAUUUUGAGAACUUCCUGGCAUCCAAUUAUAGUUUAAUGAAUAACCAGGUUGAUAUUGGCACCCCUGAAUGGCAAGGACUUCGACUGAAAAUGUACUUGAAGCUUUAUCCGGAAUCUAUUGAUAGCACAAGCUCCCGUAAUUUCAACGAAAGCGAGGUUCUGCGUCUUUAUAACAUGUUCUCAGGAUGGGUUGUUUCAGACAAUGAAUUUUUCGGACCUUAUGAGCUGCUCAACUUCACUCUUCUGGAUCUUUAUAAAGAUAUGUUGAUUGGCCCCACUACAAGCUCAGGGAUAAGCAAGGGUGCUCUGGCUGGCAUAAUCUUAGGUACAAUUGCCGGUGCAGUUACGGUAUCUGCAAUUGUGACUCUUCUUAUCAUGAGGGCACGGAUGAGAGAUUACAGUGCACUUUCAUCAAAGCGACAAUUUUCUAGGAUAUCAAUAAAAAUUGAUGGUGUGCGGAGCUUCACUUAUGAAGAAAUGGCCUUGGCUACUAACAAUUUUAGUGACUCCGCUCAAGCUGGCCAAGGGGGCUAUGGUAAAGUUUAUAAAGGUAUUCUCUCUGAUGGCACUGUUGUAGCAAUAAAACGUGCACAGGUGGGAUCACUGCAAGGUGAGAGGGAGUUCCUAACAGAAAUAGAGUUACUAUCAAGGUUGCAUCAUCGCAACCUCGUGACUUUGGUUGGAUACUGUGAUGAAGGAGGUGAACAGAUGCUGGUUUAUGAAUUUAUGCCAAAUGGCACACUAAGGGAUCAUCUUUCUGCUAAUUCUAAAGAACCUCUGAGUUUUGAUAUGAGAUUGAGGAUUGCACUAGGGUCAGCUAAAGGCAUCCUGUACCUGCAUACGGAAGCUGAUCCUCCAAUAUUCCACCGAGAUGUCAAGGCCAGCAACAUACUAUUGGACUCCAGGCUCAAUGCAAAAGUUGCUGAUUUUGGACUUUCACGUCUCGCUCCAGUUCCAGAUACUGAAGGAAUUGUGCCUGGUCAUGUAUCUACAGUGGUAAAGGGAACCCCGGGCUACCUUGAUCCAGAGUACUUUCUAACUCAUAAGUUGACUGACAAGAGUGAUGUCUAUAGUUUUGGUGUUGUUCUUCUCGAACUUUUGACAGGGAAGCCACCGAUCUCACAUGGCAAAAAUCUUGUUAGAGAGGUUACUGUUGCAUACCAGUCUGGGGAGGUAUUCUCGGUUAUCGACAGACGUGUGGGGUCGUAUCCUUCUGAGCAGCUGGAGAAGUUCUUGAAACUGGCCCUCAAGUGUAGCCAAGACGAGCCAGAUGCGCGACCUAAAAUGGCAGAAGUGGUUCGAGAGCUUGAAAACAUGUGGUCCAUGAUGCCCGAGUCCAAUGCCAAGAUACCUGAAUAUAUAUCCAGUGAUUCUGGAAAAUUAUUCAGUUCAGCAUCUUCGUCUUCUGUUACCAGAACUCCUUUUAUAUCGGGGGAUAUGUCUGGUAGCGGACUUGUUAGUGGAGUAGAGCCAACCAUCAGGCCAAGGUAGAAGUUGAAGUGGGGAAAAGACACCACCAGCAUUCAUGCUGUGUAAAUUGAGCUUCUCGACCUUGUGCGUGGAACAAUGACAACAUAUUACCCUCUUUUCAUCCCUUUAUUCACAUUCUUUCUCAGGAAGCCCUUUGUAAAAUAUAUCUGUAGAACAAUAGCCAGGUGUGCUUUUGUAUAAGAUUUUUAGGGUCACCUAUUAUACUUUAA